ACAAUCUUUGUAUUAUAUAUAAAUAGCUUGCCAGAGCCAGCGAAUGCAGAGCACAAGAUCCAAGAAACACAACUGCAAAAGCGAGGAUCGGAGCACUCCGAUCCUUAAUUCCUUCUUGGAUUCUCUUCUACUCUAGAGCUCUGCUAGACCGAUCUCCAGUUAAGUUUCAGACACAUGGAGAGCAACGCCUCGUCCAACUGCGCCACCGUGCCGCAGCCGCCGCCGUCGACAGGGAAGCUGAUCACGAUUCUGAGCAUCGAUGGUGGCGGCAUCCGCGGCCUCAUCCCAGCCACCAUCAUCGCGCACCUCGAGGCCAAGCUGCAGGAGCUGGACGGCCCAGAUGCUCGGAUCGCCGACUACUUCGACGUGAUCGCCGGGACGAGCACCGGCGCCCUUCUCACGUCGAUGCUGGCGGCGCCGGACCAGAACAACCGGCCGCUGUUCUUCGCAAAGGACCUCAACACGUUCUACCUCGAGAACGGGCCCAAGAUCUUCCCUCAGAAAAAGGCCGGGUUCCUGACGCCGGUGGCGAACCUGCUGGGCCUGGUGAGGGGUCCCAAGUACGACGGCGUGUUCCUGCACGACAAGAUCAAGAGCCUGACGCACGACGUGAGGGUGGCGGACACGGUGACCAACGUCAUCGUGCCGGCGUUCGACGUCAAGUACCUGCAGCCCAUCAUCUUCUCCACGUACGAGGCCAAGAACGACACCCUCAAGAACGCGCACCUCUCCGACAUCUGCAUCAGCACGUCGGCGGCGCCCACCUACUUCCCGGCACACUUCUUCAAGACGGAGGCCACCGACGGCAGGUCCCGCGAGUUCCACCUCGUCGACGGCGGCGUCGCGGCCAACAACCCCACCAUGGUCGCCAUGUCCAUGCUCACCAAGGAGGUGCUCCGCCGGAACCCGGACUUCAACGCCGGCAGGCCCACCGAGUACACCAACUACCUCAUCAUCUCCGUGGGGACCGGCUCGGCCAAGCAGGCGGAGAAGUACACCGCGCCGCAGUGCGCGAAAUGGGGCCUCUUUCAGUGGCUAUACAACGGCGGCUUCACCCCGAUCAUCGACAUCUUCUCCCACGCCAGCUCCGACAUGGUCGACAUCCAUGCUGCCGUGCUCUUCCAGGCCCUCCACUGUGAGAAGAACUACCUUCGCAUUCAGGAUGAUACUCUGAUUGGGAACACAUCAUCAGUGGACAUCGCGACCAAGGAGAACAUGGAGUCUCUGAUCGGGAUCGGCCAGGACCUGCUCAAGAAGCCAGUGGCCAGAGUGAACAUCGACACAGGUGUGUACGAGCCCUGCUCCGGCGAGGGGACGAAUGCAGAGGCGCUAGCUCACUUCGCCAAGAAGCUCUCUGACGAGCGCAAGCUACGCAAGCGCAAUCUCGACUCCUACUAGCAAGCUUGAAGGAUGAUGUCAGCAGAGAAGCUUGAAGGAGCCCUAGCUGCACCUACACUAGCUAGCAAUGUGCCUCACAUAGAUGCAUGGUAUUGGUAGCUAGUCAUUUCUUACUUUUUAUAACUAUAUUAAUCAGGAAACAAACACAUAUGUCGACCAAUAAACAUGUAAGUCCAAUCAUCAUUUGUUUGCCUAUGGUCUCAAAAGAAUGAUUCCAUUCUGAUGUGCGGUUGUUUAGUCUAAUGACCUUCGU